AUGUCCACAAACGACUUGUAUCUGUCGGUGCCCAAAUUGAACAUGAGCCAACGGAGGUGAGUGAGUGAUGACGUGCCAAAAUUUAAGGAAGAUUUACUACGGAUUAGGCGUUUCUUUGAGUUUCUGAAUGCGAGUUCCGAGUACGUCUGACGUAAUGGGCUCUCAAGCUUUUCCUAUUUUUGGUGAAACUCAGACAAACGGAUAUAAUUGGCAGGACCCAGAAGGCCUGAAUAGCAGUUUCAUUUCGUGACGUGGAACCGUGUUUGUGGCAUCCUCCGUCGCCAUUUCUAAUUCCUUCUUCGCCAAGAAUCUCAUUUCAGGGUCAAACGGGGUCACUCUUCUGCAGCCCUUAGUCACGCAGUUUCUUUAUUUCAGAAGCAGCGAAGGUUACCUGAACGCCCUCGAUCUCCUCUCGCAAGACCAGGACUCGAGCCCUCUGCUCGACUCUCCGAUGCGUGCGUCGCAGCCGAAUCUUAAAGGAAGAAGAGGAACGAAUCCAUCCAUCUUCGAAGGUCAUUUCAUGGAUGCUCUCCGCAAGAAUUAUGAGAUCGGUACGUGAAGCAUGUUUGGUUGGCUGUCAUCAGAUGAGGCAGAAGCCUUCUUUUCGGUGAAAGUGAAUUACAAACGUUCGGGUAAUUGUAAAGGAGAUUGCGGUUCGGCAUCCGUUCAAGAGUGUGAUCAAAUCAAAGUGACACCCACGCAUUGUCAUAAACAUUCUUAUGUUCUGUGUUUUUAAGGCAUAACUGUCCCUUUUAUAACCUAAGAAUUGUUUUGUUUUCGCUCCCUGUCACGGUGCAAAAAAGAGUCAGAAGAAGUGGGUGUAAAAGACGAAUUCGCCCCCCACAUUUCUAAUUUCGUUUCGGUUUCACUUUGAAUCUGCAAAAAGAAGGAGGCAUGAAGAGAGACUGACCACCCACUUUCACUGUCUGCCAGAAUCAAGAUGACCUUCCGAAAGAAACCGAGAGAGAGAGAGAGAGAGACGGGCGGGGUGACCGAGUGAUUCGUCCGAAACGGCCGACACUUAUCACGGCGGUUCCGAACCGUUUUCUCUCGCGAAUGCGUCAUUUAUGAAGUGUGAAAGAUCUUCACCUUUGAUCGGGAUUUCUAAUGAACUUCUCAUGAACUUUACUGUAUCAUACCUUUCAAAUCAACCGUAGAACACCUGAAAUGUGUCCUUUAAGAGAUUAUGUUCUUUCCGAUGAUGAUGUUCGUUUCUUUUCCUACGUAUUCGUCACGUUCCUCUCUUCUGGUUUCCGUCAAAACCCACUUCAUUUGACCGUCUGGUUAGUCAUGAGAAGCAGCAACACAAACAUUUUUCCGCCUGAAGUGCUCUUCAACCUGCCAUCUGAACACGCGCCCUUCUCGUCCGUUUUCCUUUUUCCCAUCGACCACUUUCAGCCAUCCAUCCUUCUUUUUUCCGUCGAUUUGAUAAGAUUCUAUUGCAAAAAACACUGGAGAAUUCAACAGCUUAUCAUCUUUGUCUCCCCCUGAUUCCAGUUUUUCGCUCUCCGAUCUUUCCGCCCUCCCGUUUUUUCGCUCCCUUGUGUUCCGUCCGCCGGAUCCGAUUUAUUCGAUCUCCCAACCAGAUAACCCUCAUUUCACCUCUCACCCGACCGAUCAAUAGCCACUCAUUCCGAUUCCAUUUAUUACUGUUUCCGACAUACUUUCAAGUUCGGACAGAAAGUACACAUUUCAUGUCAAAGCAGAAAGUACGGAUCAGAGAGAGAGAGAGAGAGAAAGAGAGAGAGAGAGAAAACAUUCCGUCCAUACCGAAUGCGAUCAAACUCCGAUAUCUUUUCUAGGCUACAAUUCUCGCGAGCGACUUUUUUUCUCGUUUUAUCCGUCCGAACCAUCAAAGGUUCAUCCCGGCACAAACGUUUUUUUCUCUAAAUCCAUGUUCUUUGUGUGAAUAUGAAAAUACAAUUUUUAAGAAUGUGGCUCUGAAUUACACAAUACAGUUUCAGUGGGUACUCAUUUCCAGAUCCAAUCUUGUGCCCACGUGUUUCCAUUUUUUCCUCUUUCGUUUCGACCUUGACGUCUCCUUCCUUUCACUUCGAAAAUCCGUCCAGCCAGUCCUCAUAUCAGCUUAGAAUCAUUGUGAUUACAAAUUUUCGAAGAAUGACGAAUCAUACCACUAAUUCUUUCAUUCUUUCUUUCAAUUUGUUCUAGUCUAUUCGAGCCUACAAUCCUUUUAUUCCCCGUUCGCUCAAUGUGAGUGGCGUUUCGAAUAAAACUGCUCCCUCAGCAUUUCAUAGCAUUCUGCCAAUAUGAAAAAGAGGAAGAAGCUGGAGGAUUGGUCAUCAGAUCUAACUGGUUAUCAGUACGUUCGCGACUUGCCAUUUGUAGUUUAUCUUUGUUUUAUUCCCACUGAAAAGCGUAUUAUCGUCCUUGUUCCAGACAUCCUUCACGCUGUUUACCCCGCCAUUUCCAUUCCGACAGAUCUUUGAAACAUACAAUUACUGAAUUGCUCGUGUCUCUCGCCUCAAGUACCAACCUUCUGACCGAAAAGUUCACCUUUCCCUUUUCCUUCGAACUGGCUAAUCGGAUAUUCGCACGCGCAGAUUAGCUCUUCCUCUUCUUCUUCUUCUUCUUCUUCUUCUUCUUCUUCAGCCUUCCAUGAUUACUAUUACCUUCCAAAUAUGUCUCCCAUUUCAGCUUCCGUCGUCGCCGAUCUCGACCCCGACCAAGAAGCGAUCGCCAAGAAAGCAAGUUCAUCGUGAGUGUCUGAAAGCGAAAAGCGGGUGGUUGGUGGCAAUGCUAAUGAGCGGCACGAGAAAGGCUCGCCGAAGCAUGUAAAUAUUCGGUGCAUUCCGUUUUCCUUCUUUCUUCCAAAAACGAGCCGUUCUCUGUUCUGUUUUUUGAUCUACUCCUUAUCAAUCAUUUGUGUAUCACUCGCCCUCUGGAUGUAGUCCUCACAGCUCGUCAAAACAACGUGAGCACCAUGAGCAUCCAGGAGAAGUUGAGUGGCACAAACGAUAAGUCAGAGUUCAAAUAUGACGCCAUUUCGAAGUCAGAUACCAUCUGAAAGUGAAAAUGUAAGAAGCGAGACACUGGUGGACGGUUCUCGUCAUUUCGUAACCCGACAAGACAACGUCAUUAUGUUGCAAACUGAGAAAUUCCCUGUUUCCGUCAGUCAAUUGCAUAGGCCAAUUGUCUCGAGACAUAAUAGAAAUAGAUUGUGUUCGUAUCCAAGCGUUGCCACGCCAUAACUUCAUCUACGUCAACCUCCGCCCAUUUCCUUCUCUGCUCAUUCUCGCUUGUUAUGCCAUGCUGAGAGCACGAGGCGAACUCGUUAUCUCGCGACUCCACUACGGUACUUAACCAGCCUCGCCUCGUGUCGCUUGCCAAAACAAACGAGUUUUCCUCAACUGAAACAAUAGUUGCCCUUUCAGAAUGGUCCGCGGAGGCCCGCAGCUUCGCACAUCAAGUCCCCGUCCGUUGAUUCUUCAAAAUCAUCAUUUAAAGUGGAGAAAUGAAGAGAGUUCUUCAAUCUCAUCUGCAGAUUCGGCUCUUGGUAAGUCGGCUCUGAGCCAAAUUCCAUGCACAUAGGCACUUUUGCAGAUGAGUUGACAGUUCUGACAGAGAAUGGAAAAAGCAUGAAAUGGGAAUGGCUUCGGAAAGAAGCAAAGAGCUUCGUGGAUGACGUCAUAAACGCAUUCGAAUCGGGAUCUCCCGAGGAGCAAUCUGCCCGGCAAGAGAACGAAAAACUAUCGGCCGUGGCACUCAGAAAGGAUAUCAAGAGAUUCUGUAAGUCAAGUGAUCCCUGAUGUCCAUUUACACCUUGUUCUUUUCAAGAUUCGGCAGUCCAUCCGUACUUGGAAGUGCUGGCCGCUCUCUACGACAUCAUUAUGUGGAAGAAUCCCCUUUCGACCCUUCUUCUCGUCCUCGUCAUCGUUUAUUCUCUGUUCCGUGGCUGGCUCGCAUCUCUUCUCUUCGGGCUCCUCAUCUUCCAACUCGGCAUCAACUAUCUUUCGACUGUUCGAAACAUUGAUCUUGGAUGGAUGUUUAUGCCACGUAAAGCAGUCACUCUUCCCAAAUUCGACAUCAGCGGAGCUCAGUUGAUUUUUGACAUUGCCAAGUUGGCUCAAAAGCUGUUGCGUCUCUCCACAAACAUUCUGGAGAAGCUAGAAAGUCUGUUGCUGUGGAAGGAUGUGCGUGUGACCCGCGUGUUCUUUGCCCUCGCCGUCUACUGGUUCGCAUGGUCCAUUUUGUUCGCCACGGGCACUUGCAUCGGAUGGACGGUCCUCACAAUCGGAAUCCGCAUCUUCUUCACCACUUAUCUUUUCCAAAAGUUUCCGAGACUUCGCAAGCGGUUUGAUACUUACGGAUACUUCUACCGUAACCUUCCAUUACGGUCGACCGCCCCUGCAGUCACUCCAAGGAGCCAACCACAAUCGGCACGGGCCGAAAGGGCUACUGUCCAUCAGGAAACGGAUGACAGAUGUGUAAGUGAAACGAUGCAAAUGAGUACGAAUUAUCUCUUUUUUUGCAGCACACACCGAGUUCUCGAAGCUUGAAUGCGUACUGCGGAGAGAAGUUCGAGUCGCGUCUCGGCAGCAACUUCAAUCUGGACCAGAAUGCGGCUGUGAAUCUUCUGCUCGGACCCAACCACCGCGUGCAUCCGCACCCUCUUCAGUACGAUUCAAACUCUCAUUUGGAGAGUGAUCAUCUGGAUUCGUCCCUGAAUGACCAUCAGGAGGCUCAUUCCGCCGAUGCUCACCCGACAACUCACUUGCAUGGCUCUGCAAGUCUUCCGACCAAUGACCAACUCGGCAACCACCGUGUUUUCUCCGAGCCGACGACUUCUUACGGAAGAAACCACACUACAAGCAAGAGCUCGUCGAUUGAAGAAGACGAAGAAGACGAGAACGAACACAGGUCGAGUUGCGCCGACCCGAUCAUUGAUAAUGUGAUUGCAUGUAAGUGGUCACAAGCGAGAGAGAAUGAUGUUAUUGUGUGUAUUUCAGUCAGAAGUUGUGUAAUGAACGAGAGAGAACGCCUUUUCCCGAUGGGAAUCACUCCGGGAAUACUGUACCUGACGGACGCGGCCCUCGUCUUCCGUCCUCGCAAUCAAAGUGAUGAGAAAGAACAGUUGAUGAUGCUGUUUCAUGAUUUGAAACUCGUCAGGAAGGUACCUCUCUACAUCCAGUGUUCACUUUCUAAUUAUCCUGUUUCAGACACAAUCUUUGCGCUCAAUGUCCCUGAUAACGGGAACACGGAAAAGCCUUGAUAUCCACGUGGAAGGCCGUCGCAAGCCAGUCCAAUUCAUCGGACUCGCGAAGCGCGACGAUUUCGUGACACGGAUCCAGCUGAUGUGCCGGAACGCUUCGGCCGCCGUCGAGUUCGCAGAGCAAUGA